GGCGCGCUUGGCGGGGCGGGAGAGGGGGCGGGGCCGUGCGCGCGGCCGUAACCGUCGCUCGGCGGGGCGGUUGUUCCCCUCAGCCGAGAGCGGCGCGCGCUCGGGCCCCGCUCCCGCCGCUCCGCGGAACCGCCUCCGGCCCGGCCCGGCGCGGGCGGGCUCCAGGGAUUGUGUUUGGAAAAUGCCCAGCCGGAAGUUUGCUGAUGGCGAGGUGGUGAUGGGCCGCUGGCCGGGCAGCGUCCUGUACUACGAAGUACAAGUGACCAGCUACGAUGAUGUUGCUCAUCUUUAUACUGUCAAGUACAAAGAUGGAACUGAACUUGCACUGAAGGAAAGUGAUAUCAGGUCACAGUCAUCAUUCAAGCACAGGAAGAGCCAGUCUUCUUCAAGUUCUCCCUCCAGAAGAAGUAGCAGCAGGUCUCGCUCUCGCUCUCGGUCCCCUGGCCGGCCAGCCAAGGGCAGGCGUCGUUCUGCUUCCCAGAGCAGGGAGCACAAAGAGGACAAAAAGAAAACCAUCCAGGAGACCAGCUUAGCUCUACCGAAACCAAGUGAGAAUAACACCAAAAGGUACAAUGGUGAACCUGAAAGUACAGAAAAAAAUGCCAAAUCCUGCAUCAUCUUGGAGCAAAAGUUAAAACCAGACCUGGAAAUCAAGCGCGUGCUUGAGCAGUACAGCUUGCGUUCAAGGAAAGAUGACAAGAAAAAAGAAGAGAUCUAUUCAGAGAAAAAGACUUUUGCAGCUGUAAAACCAAUUGAGAAAGUACCAACAAAAACAAAGGAGCUGGAGUUUGGGGGAAGAAUUGGGACCUUCAUGCUGAUACUUCUUCUGCCUGCUACUGUAUUCUACUUGCUGUUGAUGUGCGAACAAGAGGAUCCAAGUCUUCUGAACUUCCCUCCUCUGCCAGCACUUGAGAGUCUUUGGGAUGGGAGGGUGUUUGGUGUCAUUCUUCUGUGGUUUUUCCUUCAAGCUGUGUUUUACUUGCUGCCAAUUGGAAAGGUUGUAGAAGGCCUGCCUCUUUCCAGUGGAAGGAAACUGCAGUACCGGAUAAAUGGGUUUUAUGCUUUUAUUUUGACUGCUGCAGCUAUUGGAGUUCUGUUAUACUUCCAGUUUGAGCUUCACUAUUUGUACGAUCACCUGAUGCAGUUUGCAGUGUCAGCUGCAGCGUUUUCUCUGGCACUGAGCAUUUAUCUGUAUGCCAGAUCCCUGAAAGCACCCGAGGAAGAGCUAGCACCAGGUGGAAAUUCUGGGUAUUUUAUUUAUGACUUUUUUACUGGGCAUGAAUUGAACCCUCGUAUUGGCAGCUUUGACCUCAAAUACUUUUGUGAGUUGCGUCCAGGAUUAAUUGGCUGGGUUGUAAUAAACUUGGCCAUGCUCUUGGCUGAGAUGAAGAUCCACAAUCUCAGUGUGCCAUCCCUGUCCAUGAUUCUUGUGAACAGCUUCCAGCUUCUCUAUGUGGUGGAUGCUCUUUGGAAUGAGGAAGCUGUUUUGACUACAAUGGAUAUUACCCAUGAUGGAUUUGGAUUCAUGCUGGCAUUUGGAGAUCUGGUGUGGGUUCCAUUUGUCUACAGCUUGCAGGCCUUCUACUUGGUGGGUCAUCCCACCACAAUUACUUGGCCUGUUGCUGCUGCAAUUACUGUUCUGAACUGCAUUGGGUAUUACAUCUUCCGGAGUGCAAAUUCUCAGAAAAACAAUUUCCGACGGAAUCCGGCAGAUCCCAAACUGGCCAAUCUGAAAUUUAUACCCACUGCAACUGGGAAGGGGCUUCUCGUCACAGGUUGGUGGGGUUUUGUUCGUCACCCCAAUUACCUCGGUGACAUCAUCAUGGCUCUGGCAUGGUCCCUGCCCUGUGGUUUUAAUCACAUUUUACCCUAUUUCUACGUGAUCUAUUUCAUCUGCUUGCUGGUGCACCGCGAGGCUCGUGACGAGCACCACUGCAAGCAGAAGUACGGCCUGGCCUGGGAGAGGUAUUGCCAGCGCGUCCCGUACCGCAUCUUCCCCUACAUCUACUAGAGCACUCCAGGGCAAAUCACUGCUACACCUAGAUUCCUGGCAGAGAGGGAUACCUCCUGCCUUUGCACUUGGUCAGUUGGUAUUUAGGCUUUUAAAGAAAACAAAACAAACAAAACCCGACCAAACGUUGGAGUGCGUCGAAGGUGUUACUUACAAGUAGACUUCAGGAUGUGAGUUAUGUGAACUGACUGUCUGUGACUUCAAUUUUUAAAAAAUUGUGAAUUUUCAAAACUCUUCGAGCCCUAAUUUUUCAAGCUAAAAUUUAUCUAGAAUUCUGAGUUUACAUUUUUUUAUUGCAUUUAAUUAAGCACUGUGAUGUAAAGUAUAUUAUUUUCUUAAUACAAUAAAUGCUGAAAUUCCAUCCAGUUCAUUUUUUGGUGUUACUCGUACCAUCUAACUGCAGAUGUCCAAUUUAGUUGCCUGAAUUGGAGGAGCAGCAGGGUCUUUUUGGUCAGUGGAGCUGGAAGCAGAGGGUGUGACCCACGUGAGGGGCCCGCAGCCCCACGACCAGAGCUGGCCCAGCUCAGCUUACAUGGUUGUUCCUCUCCUGGCUUUUCAUUGAUGGCAUUUUUUGGUCAGAGGCUCAGCUGGCCCCUCCUGUCCUGCACCUGCAGGAGGAUAAAGAGAUGGAGUUGGGAGAAGGGGCACAGCUCCUUCUCCCACCCCUCAUUGCUGAGGCAGUUCCAGGAGUGCCCAGGGGCAGCUCUGAGCCGCUGCCUGGCAGCGCCCCUGGCCCUGGAGGUGGAGCCUGCUUGUGGCUCACACUCCUGGAGGGAGAUGAAACUCUUGAAACCCUUUCUGUGGCUGUGGAAGGGAGUAGUGAACCCUCAGCUCGCCUCUAGCAUUGAACAUGGGGUAAAAAGUGUGCAGUGUCUGCCUGUUAGGCACAAAAGGAUAAAAUGACCACAGUUGGCUCCUUCUGAUCUUUGUAAAUUAAGUUUUAAUGUAUCAUAGUGUUUACCAAGUGUGUAUAAUAAAGCCUCCACCUUUUUGCUGUACAGUGUUUGGGUUUGAAAAAUGCAACAGCUUUUUUAGAAACAGGAGAAAUCAGUAACUAAACCAAUUUCCAGUAAUUUUUAAAAAGUUAAUUGAAUAAAGGGUUUUGUAAAUUAAUGUAGUUAAUUCUUGAAAUGAUUGAAGUGUUCAUUUAAAUAUUUGUAUUGUCAGAUAUGCUAUGAAAAUAUAGGAAAUGCUCCUCGAUCCAAAGUUGUUUUUUUGGUUUCUUUUUGUUUUUAAUUUGGCAUUGCUACCUCAUAUGUAGGUGUUGCCUUUUGUACUGUUGCAGAUAGAGAAAUAGCUAUUUUUUUGCUAUUGCUAUUUAAAACAACAUUUUUUUACAUGAGCCUGUGGUUAAACUCAACCACUUUCUAAUAUAUUUUUGUAUAUAUUUGACUUUUUAACUAAUGUAUGUGUUCUGGUCACUAGCUGUGUUCUUUGUCUAACUGGCUGUAAAUGAUACGCCCUUGUGGUAUUUACUUCAUAAGUAGAAUAAUUUUACUGAAAUACUCUUGCUUAAUUAAUUAGCUUUUAUUCUGUUGUCACAAGUAAGAGCUUUUCACACGCUUUGUACAUGAGAUUUAUAGCACAAAUUGCCCUAAAAAGCUUACUAGAAUAUUAAAUAAAGUGCAGAUACUUCUGCACUUGCUUGCAGGAGUGUUCCUAAUAAAUUGGAAUGUUAUUUAUCAAUUUUUUCAGUUAUUUUAAAAUGUUGAUGUAAUUGAAAUCUAGCAUGUGAUUUUUAAAAAAAAAUAAAAUAAAAUAACCUAUUUUGUACACGGGCAUUUUUUAAAGAUAAUUGUACAAUUGAAGUGUAUAUAAUGUAGCUUGAUUGUUGGUGUUGUAAGGAAAUUGUUUUAAGACAAGUACUUUGAUUGCUGGCAGAAAAUAGCAGUGCCUCUAACAAGACUCGAGAGAAUUCCCUCCUGUGCAGCAGCAGAUUAAACUGGGAUAUUGCUGUUUUCAGUCCUUGCUGAGGGAAUUUAUGGGAAAUGGAGAAAUCAUUAAAGAGCCCUGGAGUGCAGCUGGUGUUUUAAAAUCUGCUGAAGGAAGGGGGCACUUGGAUUCCUCAGCCUGUAGAGCAGGAGCUGCUCCUGCUGCUGUUCCCAGUUUUAUCUGCUGCCACCCAAGGUUGUUCACGUGUCACUCAGAGCCCUUGUCUUUCAGAAUCUGAUCCUGACCAAUGACAACUUCAUUUACAUGCUGAAUUUUAUGUGAAUUUGAUUUUGAAGUAACUGUUUUUAAUACAAACAAGCCCAUGAGCUAAAAUAAAGGUUUUGCUUAAAACUAA